AUGCCUCCAUCAAAAAAAAGCCGUCGUAAACGUUGCCCUAAAGAGAUAGACACAUCCACGAAUUUGGCAGCUCUAUCCAUUCCCCCUGAAAUAUUUGUCAAGAUAUGUGAACACCUCCGACCCAUCGACCUAUAUUCACUCAGUCGUGUGUGCCGGCGCUACAACAAAUUUCUCUGUACUAAAGAGUCUAUGAUGACGCAGGACAUGUGGAAAUUGUCAAGAAUUUCUUUUAUGCCUACAUUAUUAGCACCUCCUGAUGGAAUGGACGAAUACACUUACGUUAAAAUGACAUUGGUGGAAAUAGGAUGCCAGUUUUGUAGUCGAAAAGUAGUGCCAACUGUUCAUUGGGUGUUUAGAGUGAGAUGUUGCCAGAAGUGUUUGGUAAAGAAGACUUUAAGAUCAGACCUGCCACACGGCUCUUCAUCCAUUUCUCAAUAUCCAAAGAAAUUUAUUUCGUGCCUUCCCUCAAAAACAAUAAACAAUAUUGCCUACUAUUGGCGUGACGAGGUCGAAUCAGCCUUUAAAGAAUACGAGAAAUUAAAACUCGAAGAAGAUGUCAACAAAUGGUGCGAGGAUCGAGAACGAAGAACCUUACGGAUCAUUGACGACGGAUACCGACGUGAACUUGAAGAACGGAACAGACGAAAGAACCUUAUUAGUCGAAAUAAAAAUAAUCUACUGAACUUUGUCCACGAACUGGAGAAUUCUUCAUACCAAAACCAUAAAGACUUCAAGACAUGUCCAUCGUAUGCAAGAGCAAUGAACUCUCUAGAUCAAGAAUGGGGGCAGAAAGAAUUUGCAGAAUUUGAAACGACGUUGAAGACAGAAUGUGCUGAACUUUUGCGUGCGAGGAAGUGCAUGAGAAGACAGAUGGAAAUAACGUUUAUGAUUUCUCAACUAAGGAAAGCUCUACUACAGACAUGGGAAUUUGAGCGCGCUAAAUAUCAGCCACUUUGUCCAUCACAGUGUCCAGCUGAGCCGUCACAACUCGCACACAAAGAACCGGCCCUAGAGACUAUGAAACUUUUGCCAGAUGCUGAGAGAGAACGUCUAACCGAAAUGGCCAAGGAUAUUAUUAUGCGAGUUACCGGACAACCUGUCAAUCUCCUUGAAGCAGAUGAUACAAACUUUGCUCAAAUAUUAGUUUUAGCAGAACAACGCGCGCGUUGCUGCAACUCGUAUAAAAAACCUCCAUAUCAUAACAACGACCCAAGCAUAUCGUGGAAUGAGGAUUUCCUCGUCAAACAUCUCAUACCGCGUAUAUGUAAAGAGGCGUUAACCGUCAAGCCAUGCUUUACUUUUCAAGAAGUUUUCGCACGAGGCGAAUGUCCCAGCACGAUAUUCAGAUGUCGAUUGUGUAGCAAUAGAAAGUUCACGAGCGGAGGUGUUAUAAAUCAUUUGCGGCGCUUUAAACAUCGAGUGCUAGGAGUCGCUGGCGACGAAACUAUUGAAGCUAUGUUAAUGCAUAAUGUCACGAUCUCUGGUCACGGUCCUGAUCAUUCUUCAAUACCCGAUAUCAAGCUCCUCACUGAUGUUGUGAUCAAAGUUGAUAUGUUUGGAUGCGAUAAACUAGAUCGGCCACCACGAUACCAAGUGGUUGGUCGAAUAGUUGAUGUAGGAGGGGCGGUGGAGAAAUUCAAGGUUGGGGAUCGGGUAUGCUUUAAUCCGGCGCUAAACUCGAACGACUUCUGCAGAAUCCCGGUAGAAUACAUUCGUAUUUCGUAUCCCUCAUGGGCACUCACCAAGUUGCCACACGAAAUUUCUGAUAAAGAGGCGAUUCUUCUUUCCGAACCACUCACAAUUGGCUACAACUGGGUGAAGCAAGGACUAGAGUAUUUACAUAUGGACUGUGAUGAUGCCAUUGUUGUAGUUCUGGGAUGCAAUGCAUGCGGACUAUCCGCUGUAUUAUCUGCAUUGUAUUUAGGAGUGAAACGAGUCAUUGCGGUUGACUCGGAUCCUCUAAAAUUAGAGAUAGUGAGAACAUUUGGGGAGGUAAAAUGUGUCCAGAAUGAAUCGUAUCAGAUUGGUGACUUGAUUAAAAAAGCUCACAUUAUGAUCGUAAGUAUGGAUGUGGUAUGGAUGUGA